CGCGCGCAGGUGCGAGCGGCGUGGCGUGGCCCGGAUGUCCCCCUCAGGUGCGGCCCCGCCCUCCGGCCGCGCCCCGCCUUCCCCUCAGGUGCGGGCGGCUCGAGGCGGCGACGGUGCCGCUGGUCCCCCCCCCGCGAUGGCGGCCCCCGGCGGGCUGGGCCGCUGCGUGGCCGCCUUCUGGCUGGCGCUGGCCUUCGACGCGCUGGGCUUGGCGGUGCUGCUGGCCGGCGUGUUCGCCGACGUCUUCUUCUCCGACCUGCUCAUCUACGCGGGCGGCAUCGGCAUCUUCCUCAGCCUCAUCUGGUGGGUGUUCUGGUACGCCGGAAACCUGGAGGUGCCGCCGGAGGAGCUGCGCGACGACGUGGGGCUGGCGCUGCCCAAGGGCGGCGGGGACAGCCUGCUGCGGGGGCUGGUGCACGGCCUCAGCCUCCGCCUCUCCUCUGCCUUCGCUCCCGCAUCGCGAUCCCGCGCCGCUGCCGCCGAGCUGGAGCUGCAGCGCGCCCGGAGCCCGCGGGGCCGCCCCGCCGACUCCGGCAGGAUCUGUUGAAGACACGACUAUCGAAGUUACUGCCUUUAAAAGUGGGGGAAGUGCUACAAAUUAUGGAAAGAGAAUUCCCUACUCAAUGCAAUAGGAUUCUCUCAUGGAAUAAUCUCUGCAACCAUUGUGGACUCUGUAUAAAAUGGACACAUAGAGCCAUAUCUCUGCCAAAUGCACCUAUUUCAGUAUUGGACUGGGUAGGUUUUUUGUGGGCUUUUUCACCAUUUCAAAACAUAAACUAGAUCUCUUAAGAAGUGAGAACUAAGAAAGAAACAAACCUGAUUCACAGAAAAGUCACUGCAGCGUGUGAUACAGAUAUUUUUAAUUUUUAUUUUUAAUAACCUGGGAAUGUUUGGAUGAAAAGCUCUUGCACUGUUUUACCAAGGUCUGGAAGUUAAACUUACUGUGAAUUUUUAUGAUGCCAGUGCAAUACUUUUGUUUGUAAGGGUGCUUUUAAAAUAUCUAUUGUAAACCAUUGAUGCAAGGUUGCAAAUGUAGUAGAAGUUGUUUAUAGUGUAAAUACCCAAUUUACAGUGACUCUUGUAAAGUUUCAUCAUUAUUUUGGAAUAACUUGGAAUUUGAGAUUUUAUAAGUAGACAAAUCAAAACAGUGAUGUUGGCAUAGCGGUACCUUCUUCAUAGUUGCAACUGAUGUAAUAUGAUGACUCUAAGAAGAGGCAUUUUUAGUCCUGUGAUGUUGGGAAUUUUCCUAAUGCUGAAGCAUUGGUGGAGGGCGGGGACACCACCAAAAAAACCCCCUGUUGAUUAACAAAUACUCUGAUGCUUUAUAAAAUAUUAAAACAUUUACAUUUAUAUGUAACUGGGAAGUAGCAUCUGGGAAAAGAUUUAUAUUAAAGUU